AUGUCGGUUACGGGGUGGUUUCCUGCUUAUGUUAAAUUUGCCCCUCAACUUGAUAGGUUGGCGGCGAAACCCUUUUACAACCAAAGAAACACAAAUUGUUCACCACAACUGUCCUUCCAACGCAACAGUUUGAAGAGAUGCUAUUGCAAAAAGAAAGAGCAAGACACACAGUUUUUAUCAGAUAGUCCAUGGGAUAGUGGGGAUGACAACAGCCUCUUCUUCACCCACAAACUCAGGCCAUAUCACUUGUUACCAUCCAAGUUCUUGAGUUUAAUGCAGCUCUGGUUUUAUUCAACUCUUGGAUUUGGGUUUCUUGUUCUUCUCAUUUGUUUAACAUCGCUACUUGGUGACAGAUUAUUUGACUUUAAGUCUGUCAGCAACCCCUCCCUGAAGGAGAUCCUCCUGAAUAGUGAUAUCUCAAGAGUGUGUUGUGUUGUUGCUUACUGCAUUGUCACUCCUCUUUUGGAAGAAGUUGUUUAUAGAGGAUUUUUGCUGAAAUCACUUUCCUCAACCAUGAAGUGGCAACAAGCUGUAGCCAUAAGCUCUGUUAUAUUCAGUGCAAUUCACUUUUCCGGUGAAAACUUUGUACAGUUGUUCAUCAUUGGAUGUGUCCUUGGAUGCUCCUAUUCCUGGACUGAAAAUUUGAACUCUUCUAUUGUUAUUCAUUCUUUGUACAAUGCUUUGACCUUACUAAUAACUUAUUUUUAUUAA